GGUUGAUCAAGAAAAUGGAAUGCGAUUUUUGUCAUCACGUGAUUUGUUCCAACUGACUCAACUGAGCCGUCGCCGCCUCGGCCCUCGAGUCGCAUCGCUACCGUAGACGCACGCACACACGCACCGCGCGCGUAUACUUUUACCCGAUACCGAAUACCAAUUUAGUUUGCUACGUGUGCGCAUCGUAACAACGUACCCGGUUAGUCGGAACUCGGAAACGACUCCGCCGCCGUUGUUCAAAGCUGCAGCACCACCGCCACUGCCGCAAUGGACCUCGUUAAACUCGCCAAUUUGCUGAAUGCCACGCUCUACCAGCCGCAUAGGAGCGAGGCAGAAGAACAGCUUCAGCGUAUACACAAAAUUGCUGGAUUUGGUCCAGCUCUACUACAAAUUGUUGUUUCUUCUGAUAUUGAAAUGUCUACAAGACAAGCAAGUGCUAUUUAUUUGAAAAAUUUAAUGUACCAAAGUUGGGCAACUCGUGAAGAUGAACCAAAUAAAUUUACAGUUCACGAACAAGAUCGAAUUAUAAUAAGAGACACCAUUUUAGAUGUUAUAGUUCAAGUACCAGAAUUAUUACGAGCACAGCUAACUGUAUGUUUGGUUACAAUGUUGAAACACGAUUUUCCUGGACGUUGGACUAAUGUUGUUGAAAAGAUUGAUGUAUAUUUAAAAAGUGAUAAUUCAUCUUACUGGAUGGCUGGUAUAAUUGGUUUUUCAGCUUUAAUAAAAGCCUUUGAAUAUCAUAAGGCAGAUAAAUCGCCUAUACAUGCUGCUGUCAAAGUACUGUUACCAGGUGUAUAUAAUGUCAUGGUUCUUAUAGUUAGUAAUUCCACUGCUGAAUCUGUUGCAUUGCAGAAAACUGUAAUAAAAAGUUAUUUCAAACUUGUUCAAUUUACAAUAAGUCCUGAUCUAAUGGAAAGAAAUACCUUUACUAAAUGGAUGGAAUUAUUAAGCAUAAUUGCAUGUAAUCCAGUACCAGAAGAAGUGAGUCGUUUUGAGCAUAGUGAGAUAGAUCAGUUACCUUGGUGGAAAAUUAAAAAAUGGGCAUUACAUACUAUGUAUAGAAUUUUUGAGAGGUAUGGAAGUCCUGGCAGUGUUGCCCAAGAAUAUCAGCAAUUUGCCGUAUUUUAUGUUAAGACUUUUUCUGCUGGAGUUAUAGAAAUAAUUUUAAGAAUUUUAGAUCAAUACCGAAACAAAGUUUAUAUCCCUCCUAGAGUCAUGCAAAUGUGUAUGCACUAUUUGAACCAAUGUGUUAGUAUUGGACAUACAUGGAAAAUGAUUAAACCACAUAUUGCUGCAAUCAUUCAAGAUGUAAUAUUUCCUCUCAUGUGUCAUUCAGAAUGUGAUCAAGAAUUGUGGGAAUCUGAUCCACAAGAAUACAUUUCUCAGAAAUUUGACAUUUUUGAGGAUUUAAUAUCUCCUGUAAUGGCUGGUCAAACAGUGUUACAUUCAGCAUGUAAAAAACGUAAAGACAUAUUACCUAAAGCCGUUCAAUUCAUUGUUGGUGUUAUAACUUCAAAUGAUGCUACUCCGUCUCAAAAAGAUGGAGCUCUCUAUAUGCUUGGAGCAUUAGCUGAUGUCAUAUUUAAAAAAGAUAUGUACAAGGAUCAAGUAGGUAGUAUGCUAUAUCAACAUGUGUUUCCAGUUUUCUCAAGUCCACAUGGACACUUAAGAGCUAGAGCUUCUUGGUUUAUACAACACAUCUGCGAAAUAAAAAUUAGUAAUGAUAAUGUUUGGAAGGAUUUAGCAACACUAUGUUCUAACGCUUUAUUAACUGAUGAAGAACUUCCUGUUAAGGUUCAAGCUGGACUUGCAAUCCAAGCAUUAUUGAUUGCUGAAAACAAAGUUGAACAACUUUUAGAGCCUAGAAUUAAAGAAAUUACACUUGAACUUUUAAAAGUACUGCAACAAACUGAGAAUGAUGAUAUUACUAGUGUUGUGCAAAAAGUUAUUGCAACUUAUUUUGAUACGCUUGCACCAAUUAUGUAUGACAUCUGUCAGAAUUUGGCAACAACCUUCCUUCAAGUUCUUCAGUCAGAUGAUAUGAACGAUAAGAAAGAAAUUACUGGUAUGAGUAUUUUAAGUUGUAUAGAAACCAUAUUGAGUGUAAAUGAUGAACAACCACAGACUUUAGCAGCCCUUGAACCCGUUGUUUCGGAAGUCAUAAUGCAUAUAUUUAAUACACCUGAAUCUGGUAUUGAAUAUUACGAAGAAGCUUUAAAUUUAGUAUGUGACUUAACCAACCUACAAGUGUCUGUAAACAUGUGGAAUAUUUUGCAAUUAAUUUAUUCAGUUUUCCAAAAUGACGGAAUUGAUUAUUUUGUUGAUAUGAUGCCUUGUCUUCACAACUAUGUUACCAUUGGUAUGGAGACAUUAAUUAAAAAUCAAAAUUACAUGAUAAUUAUAUUUAACAUGUGCAAAACUGUUUUGUCAUCGGAGUCUGGUGAAGAGGCUGAAUGUCAUGCUGGGAAAUUAUUAGAGGUUGUAGUUUUGCAAUGUAAAGGCCGAAUCGAUAAUUGUAUACCAUCUAUUGUGGAGGUAGUUUUGCAGAGACUUGUUAGAGAAAUUAAAUCAUCAGAAUUACGAGCAAUGUGUCUUCAAGUGAUUGUAGCUGCUAUCUAUUACAACCCGCAUUUAUUAUUUGAAACACUUGAUAAAUUACAAAUGUCUAUGUCAACAAAUGAAUCUAUUUCUGCGCAUUUUAUCCGACAAUGGUUACAGGAUACAGACUGCUUUUUUGGUAUUCACGAUCGUAAGCUAUGUGUUAUGGGUUUGCUCACGUUAAUGGCGUUAUCUCCAAAUCGGCCCAUUGCUGUAAAUGAACACGCCAAUCAAAUUGUACCUUCAAUGCUCAUGCUGUUUGAUGGACUUAAUCGUGCAUAUACUAAUCGAGAAAAUCAGCCCGAAGAUGAAACUAGUGAUGAAGAAGAAUUAGAUACUGAAAAUGAACUAGCAACUGAUGAAGAUGAAAUUGAUGAAACUUUAGCUUUUGCAUCUGACAAGAGAAAACCUUUAUUUAUGACGAAUUCUGAAAAUGCUGAUGAUGACAGCGAUAGUGAUGAUGAUGAUGAAUAUGAACCACCUGAAGAGACGGUACUUGAAGUUUACACAACACCACUGGAUUCUGACCAUAAUAAUGUUGAUGAAUCAAUUGAUGUAUACAUCUUAUUUAAAACGGUUUUGUUAGGCAUCCAACAAAAUGACCCUGCCUGGUACCUAGCACUCACUAACCAUUUAAAUAGUGAUCAACAGAAAUCUAUUAAUGAAUUAAUGGUCGUAGCAGAACAGCGACGUGUUGAAGUUGAAAACAAAAAGAAAGAAAAACUAGCAGGUUUCAAAUUUGAUCAAGCUACUGUUCCAGCCACAUUUAGUUUUAGUAACAGCAAUAAUUCACCUUUUGCAUUCGGCCGGUAACUGGAUUAUUAUAUUUUGACAAAUAAUAUUUGCUUAUACUAUUCAUUAUUAUUAUUGUAUGUUCAAACUAUAUACAAAAUCAUCUAAACCAAUUAAACAACAUGUUGUUAUCAUAAUUUUAAAUAUCAUUGUGUUGAAAUUAAUAUAUUAUAUUACCAACUUAUACCUAA